AUGAAAAGGCAGAAGGGUUGUGCAGACGGUUAUUCUCCGUGUCCAUCUGGAGGAUGUUGUCCUACUGGUGUAGAAUGUUUAGCUGAUAAAUGCAAUCUUAAAUGUCAGUCUAGUGAUCCAGUUUGUGGUGAUGGUUGUUGUAAACCAGGAUAG